UGUGCCAUUAGGGCAGACAGGCGCUCCAUUCAUCACCUUAAACCCCCGCCACACAUCCUCCAUCGAUAAUGGAGAAAGACAACAACAACCCCGACUUCUCUCGGUUACAGAGUCAGACUGAAAAUAGCGUGAGGGCGACAUGAGGACACAAACGUUAAAGAGCACCAAAGAUUUUACCUGGAAAUAAACUGAUCCUUUAUAGGAAGUGCCAUCCUAGCAAAAAUGCAUCCGGUUUUUAAAAGCAGCAAAAGUGUUCACUGGGAACAAGCUACCCCCAGGAAACCGAACUGUAAGUCUUGCGACGUCCCAAUUCCUGACAUCCCAAAUCCUCCUGAGAUCCCCAUCCAAAGGGGUAACAGGCCAGACGACAAACAACACAAGCGGGAGAGAAGACAUGCUGCAAAAGCAGACCUUUCCCGUGAUGACAUGUUGUUCCUACUCAGUGUUCUGGAGGGAGAGCUUCAGGCGAGUGAUGAAGUCAUCGCAGCGAUGAAAUCAGAAAAGACGGACUUGGUUGUACUAGGGGCCCACUAUGGUUUCAUCGGCCUGGAGGGGGCGCUCCGUUCCUUGCAGAGAGACUCCAUGCGGUUGCGACAGCAGGAAAACCUACAGGAUGAGUGGAAAACACCUACAGCUGAGAUGAAUAACUUCACAAAGUUGCAGAAACUCUCAUUCAAACGGAUGCAAGACAAACUUCUAGAGGUAUCGAGCAGUUACCGUGACGCCAUACACAAGAUUGAAGAGCAAGAAAGGAGCCACCGGGAUUUCGUGCAUAAGAGCAACUGUAUUACAAUGUUACUGGAGGAAGACAGGGAGAGGUUGGUGCAGCACACUACCUAAUGGU